AUGAUUAAACAAUAUUGGUUGGAAUAUUAAUAGUUUACAAUUGGGUUUUCUCAAAUAAUACUAUCUCGAGAUUCCAAGUAUUUAUGGAUUUUGGUUGAAGUAGUAGCUCAUUUUUAAAGAUUAGGAUUAUCAUUCCUUUUCAAAGUAAUAAUUGAGAUUCUUCAAGUAAGACUCUACAAUAAGCACAUUUAAACAAGAGAUUAAUAUUCAUUAUUUGAAUUGAUAUCUAAAUUGUGUGUUCCAUCAAUUUUAAUACUUGAGAGUGUACCAAAUUUAGGAAUAAUUGGAUUUCAAUUAAUGAUAAUUUUAAUCAUAUACACACCUAUUUGUGUUAAUAUGAUUGCAAUGCAUAAGGAAUAUUAUCAAUAUAGUUCAAUAAAGCACCAUUCAUCAAUAGAUGAGUAAAAUAAUUUGAAUUGUAAGAGAUUUUAAUUUAAUUAGAUAAUCUAAACUUAUUGGAUAGAUCCUAUAAUAUGCAUAAUUACAUUGAAUAUUUUAUGUAUAAAUAAUUGAUGGGAAAUGAAUAGUCAUCAUUUUAAUAAUUAGAGAAAUUUAUUUUUGCAUCUUUAUUGAACAUAUUUCCACAUAUUUUAGUGAUUCCACUAUUGGUUUGGAAUUUUAUACUUUGGUAGAUAAUUUUUAGAGAUGAAAGAAUAGAAAGUAACAUUUUUGGAUUAAUGAUAUUUUUAAAUGUACUCACAAAUUUAGGAGUCUUAUUAUAAUGGAAUAUAUCAAUGCAUAUUUAAAAAACCUACACAAUUCGAGAUCAUAAUCAUUUACGUUUAGUUCAAUCAUUUUGGUUCAACUUAUAAUAAUUUAUAGUAAUAAUUCCAAUAUUAAUCUAAUGGUUUUAUUUAUUGAUGAAUUUAGAGUAGGAUUUCAAUUAAACCUCAACUCAUUACUAUUUAAAUAUAACUACUAUAUUAAUCUUGUAAAUUGGUCAUUUGAUUGAAUUCUUCAUUUGUCAUCCAUAUAUGUAGGAUUAUAAAAUUAAAACAAUAUUAAUAAUGUUGCCAUUUACUAUUUCAGUUAUAAUAUCGUUGUAUUUUGAACAUAAUCAAAUUCAAAUUAUAUCAAUAGCUUUAAUUACAGUUCCCUUAACAGCUAGAUUAUUGAAUGAAAUCAAUUCUUAUAUGAAUGAAGAGAUACUGUAUAAUUCAUAAUACAAAGAAAAAUCUCGUUAGAGAAUUAGAGUUCAAUCAAGAACUGGUCUAUUGAUGGAAGAAGAAGAAUAAUUUGUUAUUGAAAAAGAAAUUAAUAAAUAAAAAAAAACAUAACUUGAAUAUUUAUAGAAUAUGAAUACUAAAUAUUUCAUUCAUUAUUUAAGAUUAGUGGAUUUGAUGAAUCUAGAUGAUUAAUAAUCAAUAGAGAAAGAUGCUUCAGUGAUUAAUCUAAAUAGAUCUAAAUUCAUUCUCAAUGUUAUUGUCUUACUUAAAUACCACAUUAAUUAAUGUGAAAAUGUCUAUUGUUAUUGCAAAGGAUUUAGAGGUGAAAGGAGAAGAAUUAUUGAGAAUAAUUAUCAAUGCUUAGAAAUGAGAAUAUAUUAUCAUAUCAAAAUAUAAAAUCUUACAAUUCAGGUUGAAUUAAUAAAAAGAUAUAUUCGAUAUUAUGCUAAACUAAUUUUUGAAAUUGAAAAAGAAAAGAAAGACUAUGAUAUUAUACGUAUUUCAUAACUUCUUUCUUAUUUAAGCAAUUCUGAAGAAUGUUAUUAAAUAUUAUUAUUGAUAAUGGAAAUGAAGGAGAAAAUAUAAAAUAAAAAUAGAAUCACAUCAUCAGUAGCUAUGUCAGUACUUCUUAGUUAUACUAAACAUUAAAUUCUAUUAAAAAUGAAUCCUUAGGUAAAAUUAGAAGAAGUAGAAGCUGCAUUGUAAUACAAAGAUUAUCGUGUAACUGAAGUUAGAAGAGAUAAACUUAUUACUAAUAUGUUUUAAAAUGUAUAAAAAAAAUAUGAAUUUGUUCGAUAAUUUGUAGAUGUUAAAUAUAAUUAUGAAACUUUGUAUCAGUUAAUAAAUGAUAUGGUUGAUUAUAAUUUAGAAACUAUCAAGAAGAUUGAAUAAUUCAAUGAAUUCUCUUAAUCAAGAACAUCCUUAUUAAUUUAUAUGUUUUAUUGUUUAGAAAUAUUAAAUGAUUUUGAUAAGUUUAUAAGAUUAAGGAAUUAAUUAAAAACUAAAAAUUAUAAGUUUUUUGAGUUCAUUGGGUCUCAAAAUUAAAAAGUGUGUUAUUUAAAAAUUAAUUUAGCAAGACAUGCAAAAAAAGGUAAAAUCUCAAGGGGAGAAAUUUUACAAUUUUCUAAUAAUGCUCCACAUAUGUUUGGUUAUAAUUAAAGGGAAUUUUAGGAAGAUAUUUUAACUGUUCAUUAAUUGGUUGCACCUCAUUUAUCAAGUAUUCAUGAUUAAUUGAUGGAAAUAUUUCUAUUAACUAAUAGACCAUUUAUUUUGAGAAAGAAGAGAGGACUUAUUGCAUCAAAAAAAAAUAAAGACUUGCUUUUUGUUGAAAUGUUUAUUGAUGUUUGUUUUAAUAUUACUGGAGAUUUAUUUCCUAUUUAUACUUUUAUUAAAUAAAUAUAAGCUGAUGGUAUUUAUGAAAAUAUUAAGGGUCAUAUUUAUUUAAAUAAUGAAUUAAAAAUUGAAGGAAUUACAACGAUGGCAUUAGAAUAAUUUAAAAUGAAAGAUGGUAAAAGUUUAUAUAAGUUGAAAUUGAAUCAUCUUAUUUAAAAUUCUAAAAAAUUCUUAGAACUUUUGAAUGAAAAAGAAAAAAGAUUUUAUGAAUAAGAAUUAUAACGAUUAGAAUUAAAUAGUUGUUCAUAAUAAUUUAAUUGUUUUGAAACUGAAUAACUACUUUAUCAUUUUUCAGUAACAGCUGAAGAUAUAUUAUUUAGAAUUCCUAAGGAGAAUGGAGUUCCAGAUAUCUAUUGUAUUACUUGUAGAUUCAUUAUGACUUUAGCAAGAAUUAAUGGAAAAGAACAUAAAUCAUUUAUGGUUGAAUUUUAAAAAAUUACAUUUGCUGAUAAUAUGAGUUAAAUUUGGAUAGAUUCUUCCAAAAAUCUUUAAUCAAGAUCAAAAACAGAAUCCAAUAAUGAAAUCUCACAAAAUAAUGAACCUAUAGAAUCAAAACAAUAAUAAUCAUAAUAUCAAUCAUCAUAAUCAAAAUUUUCUGAUAGUGAGUAAAGGUGUGAGUUUUCAAAUAUUUCAGAAAAAUAAUAAAAUUAAUCAAUAAAUUUUAAUGAAUAUUAAUUUCAUAUUGUAUCUCAUAUAUAAAGUCCUUUUGAUUCUUAAAGAGAUUUAUUAUCAUUAAUGAGUAAUACUCAUAACAUCUAACCUUUUGAUCAAUAAAUUAUGAGUAUCUAAAUUGAUGGAUAGAGUUUGUAAAAUUUAAGAAUUGAAUAAAAAUUAAAUGAAAAUUUAUACUAAAACAAAGUUAAAUAACAAUAAUCUUAUUUUAAUAAAAAUAUCUCUAAAAAAUCAUUUGAUAUUGAUAACAAUUAAUCAGAAAAUAAUUAGAUUGAAAAAGAUUAAGAAUAAGAAAUAAAAAUUACUUAAACUCCAACCGCUUAAAAUAACAUUAUAACAUCUAUGCUUUAAAAAACUCAUUUAUAUUCUAAAUUUUCAUUAUCAGAUAAUAAUCCAAGAUUAAUUAAUUUAAUCUUUUUAAUAGACUUUUUAAAUCUUUCAUUAUUUUUAAGUUUGGCUUUUGUAUUUUAUUUUAAUUUUAAAUUUAAAUUAGAAGAAAAUAUGAAAAUUGUGGAUAUUUUAAGAGCAUUUGUAACCACAGAUUAUACUAGAAAUACCUUAUUAGCUUUAGGAGUUGAUAUUGAAAUACAGAAUUAAGAUUAGGAUUAAGAUUAAUCAAUAAAAUCUUAAUAUCAAGCUAAAUUACUUGAAUAACUUUAAGAUAAUUGUUAAAAUUAUUUAACUCAUUAUCAAUAAUAUUUAGAUGAUAGUCUUGUUAAAACAACACUCUCGGAAAUUUAUAUUAAUUAAUUUGAUUAUCAUAGUGGAAAAGAAUAAUAAGUAAGUGCAUGGACUGAAUAAUUCUACGUGAUCUAUAUGUAAUAAGGACUUUAUGGAAUCAAUUUAACAAAUUCUACAACUAUUGAAAAAUAUAAUAAUUCUCUUGGGUCUUUAAUUAGUUAGUAUUCAGUUCAUAAAGAAGCUUAUGAAGAAUUAACAUUAAAAUUUUAAGAAUAAAUUGAUAAAAAUGUUUCGGACCUUGAAAACUAACAAGACAUUUGUUUAAUUAUCUAUUUAGUAAAUGAAGUUAUACUUUUAAUAGGUUAUGCAAUUGUAUUUCACUAAUUAUUUCGAUUACUCAAUAGGAUUUUAAGAAGUUGUGAAUAAAUAUCAUUUAAAGCAUUAGAAACUGAAUCAAUAAGAUUAUUAUCUUUAUAGCAUCGAUAUCAAUAACCUUCUGAUCUUAAUUUAUAUAAGUAUCAAUUUCAAUUCAAGGAUAAAUGUAAUAUGAAUAUUAGUUUUAAUGAUAUGUUUACAAAUAAGAGAAUAUCUAUGAGAUUUUAAUAGAUAGUAUAAUAAUAAGAGCAGAAAAAAUAAUUUAUAAUUUCUGAUGAGAAACCCAAUCUUUAGAGAUUAUUUUUCUUAGUUGAAUUAGUAACGUUAUUAAUAGGUUUGGUCUACUUUUUAACUGUUAAAGCAUCGAAUACUUAAAAUAUUACUGAUUUAAAAAAUAAUUUAGAUGUAUAUAAUUAAAAUAUUAUAUACACUGAAUAAUUCUUUUAGAUGAUGAUGACUGAUCAAAUCUUAUAAAAAUAUGCUUAAUCUCAUUCUAAUCUUGCAAUAGGAAAUGCUAUUAUAUUAUAAUAUUAAACUUUAAUUUAAGAAUCAUUAAAUAAAGUGAUUUAUUUUGGUUAAAUGAUAGCUUCAGAAACUGAAGAAAACUAUUUUGAUUUGUUGAAAUAUUUGACUAAUGAUUCUUGUAUUUUAAUAGAUGAUCCUCUAUGUUCUAUUGUAAUUGAUGGAAAAUUAACUGAAGGAUUAAUCUAUUCAACAGAUUAUUUUGUAUCAAAAGUUAGUGAAAAUAUUCAAAAUAAUUAUCAAUUAGAAAAGUUAAUACAAUUAACUGAAUUAGAUCUUAUAGCAUUAAAUUUCGUAAGUGAAGCAUUUGCAAAUAUUAUGGAUUAAGGAUAAUCUACUUUAAUUUAGAAGCUUGAAGCAGAAAUUUAAUUUAGGACAAUACUUUUUACUUUUUUUAUGGUUAUUUUUAUUUUUUAAUAGUUUUUAUCGUCGAUUUUAUUAUAUAGAUUUUUUAGAAAUCGUUUUUAUAAAAUAAGAUAAUUACCAUAUGUAUUACCGCCUUAGUCUGUUUAUGGAGAAGAAAGUUUUCUUAAAACUUUAGUAUAUGUUUAAAAAAUAUAUGACAAUCUCUUAUAAUGA